CCAAGAACAUCCCCGGGAUGGACCUCAUCCUUCUCUGUGUGUUCCUGCCUCUGGUGACCAUGGCAUGGGGCCAGUAUGGUGACUAUUACUACGGCCCCUAUAACUAUGGAGAUAAUGAUGAAUGGGUCAACGUGUACCGCCAGGGUUUCAACUUCCAGUGCCCACAUGGGCAGGUGAUUGUGGCCAUCAGGAGUGUUUUCAGCAAGAAGGAAGGCUCUGACAGACUGUGGAACUAUGCCUGCAUGCCAGCAUCCCAGAGCCUCGGUGAGCCGACAGAGUGCUGGUGGGAAGAGAUCAACAGGGCAGGAACGGAAUGGUAUCAAACCUGCUCAAACAAUGGGCUGGUGGCUGGUUUCCAGAGUCAGUAUUUUCCAUCUGUGCUUGACCGUGAAUGGCAAUUCUACUGCUGCCGCUUUAGCCGGAGAUGCUCGUAUUCUUGCUGGUUAACAACAGAAUAUCCUGGACACUAUGGAGAAGAUAUGGACAUGAUGAUGUACACUUACGACUACUACAUCCGUGGGGCAACCACAACAUUCUCUGCUGUGGACAGGGAUCGUCAGUGGAAAUUCAUUGUCUGCAGGAUGACAGACUAUGACUGCCCAUUUCAAAAUGUUUAAAAAGAUGGAGAGUACCAAACUUGGAACGCUGGGGAAAGGACAGGGUAGGAUGGGGGUCAGUAAUUAUUGGAGAAGGGCAAUUAGCCUCACAAAAAUUGUACCAAAACUCGGCAGCUUUCUGCUGAAAAUACAAUUCUUUCCCUCUGGAGCUAUUAAAUAAAUUGUCAGCACAUAUGCUUGCAACAGCGAUUUUGGAGGAUUCCUUCAAGCUACACUGGCAGUUGUAUCCCCCAACUUAAAUUCCUUAUGACAUACACAUUUAUGAUACACAAGUUUAGGGCAUAUGCAUUUACCUUUUUUAUACAUACAUAUAUUCUGAACACGUACAACUUCCUUUCACAUAGCAUACUUGUAUAAACUGCUUCCCAGCAUAGUGACUCCCAGUUAGGUGGAACACACUUGCUACAAGCUUUCCAAAAACCACUAGACUUUUCUGUCAGUACUUGGAACCAACUCAGCACUCCCUACCAGCUUCUCAACAUCCAGUAGCUGAAAGCAGCUGAAAGUGUGCUGAAAGCAGCACCAGGAGGCUUCUGACACACUGCAUCUGGCAUGGCUUGUUACAGCCCUCUGCAUAACUCCAUUGCAAAAAGGGUCUGCCUGCACAGGGGAAUUCCAGGUAUUUACAACACUGGAAGACAUCAAUGCCUGAAUAAAAAGAGAGUAGAUCCAUCAAUAAAAACAGAAUCCUAAACCAGCUUUAAUGAGAGGCUCUUUUAUCUUGUCUUCAAAGUCUCUAAUUACACAGCCACCCAGGAGCUCCGCUCUGGGCAAAUCCAGGAGUAGUUUGGGCUACUCACACUCUCAGUAAAUAUGUAUACUGCAGUUUUCAGGUGGAUUUGGUUUCCACUGUGGGUGCCUGUACAACAUUCAUCUGCCCUUGGUAAUAUAUUCUUGGCUUAGAACAGACAAAUAAAGCCAAUGCCUUAGGUGACCUCAGUUCAUCCAACUUGCAGAUCUCAUUCCUUGUAAAGGAUAAGCUGACCAUGUUUUGAGCCUGCACAGCACUUGUGCAGCUGUAAUUCAACAAAAACAAAUACUUCUACUGAUCUCUACCAGAAGCAUUUGAGGAUUUUUUGGUCUUGAACAAACCGGAACUUCGGGCUCGGUUUCUCAGCUGAUGAAGUCAACAGUAAAUUUAGUGGCUUUGACAGUUCUGGCUGAAGGGCCACAAUGAUCCCAUGUACCAAUUUAAGGUUGCAAAGCUUCACAGGAAACAGUUUCCAGUCAGCUUCCACAUUUCAAGCAUUUUUAACAUAUUCAAUAGCAUACCCUCAAGUGUGAGCAUUAAAACUACACUUGUCCAAUAAAAGAAUAAUAGGUUUUGCA